UUCUCUGCACUAGUCUUCUUAAUCUUGUAUUUCCUCGAGGUCAUUCCGGGUCUCUCUCUCUCUCUCCUCCAACUUCUGUCCGACGAGAGAGAGGGAAAGAGAGAGAGAGAGAGGGAUCAAGAACGCCGUUGUUAUAGCUUCGAAAAGAUUCUUUGAGGGCAUUCAUGAAGGAUCCCCACCCGGGUGUUCUUCCAAAUGUCAACAAGUUCCAAGACAUCCCACGUCGUCGUUGUUCUUGCUGACGGAGGUAAUGUCCCAAGUCAAGAUUCCGCUGCCUCAGUCAAGGAGCAGAGAUCCUCGGCCCCGGAAUGUUCUAAGGCGGCAGCUGCAGCUUCCUCAGGGGAUCUUGAAUCGGGGAGACCUGGAAAGGAGCCGCAUUCGGGCAAAUCGGAGAGGGACUGCAGGAUUUGCCACCUCAGCUUGGCUGCAGCUGAUCGGGAAGUAUGCGGUGCCGAUAAUGCCCCGAUCGAGUUGGGGUGCUCCUGCAAGGAUGAUUUGGCCGCUGCUCACCAGCAAUGCGCCGAAACCUGGUUCAAGAUUCGGGGGAACAAGACGUGCGAGAUCUGCGGGUCAGUAGCACGCAACGUCUCCGGAAACUGCAAGGCAGAAUUGAGUGAGGUGGAUGAGCCCGUGGCUCCACCACCACUUCACCUGGUGCCAGGGCCUCCGAACUUCUGGCAUGGCCACCGGUUUCUCAACUUCGUCCUCGCCUGCGUUAUCUUCGCCUUCGUUAUCUCUUGGCUCUUCCGCUUCAAUGUGCCCUCUUAAUGGGUCUGAUUGGUAUGCCGUCGGGAUCGGGUGGAAAGUGAAGUGGGGCUAGUUGGAGGCGACCAGGUAGUUGAAGUUUAUGUGCAUGAUUCUGAUGGAGAAACCCUUCGAGUGAAGGAUCUGGGCUUUGGACAAGCUGGAGCAUGGUGUGUUUAUGAGACCUCGUAGUCCUCUGCACCGUUACCGAGCACAUGGGAAUGGAAACAACAGUUCAGGACCUAUAAUUUCUCUGACAGAGAGGUUGAAGGAGGAGAACAGUCCGGCCGGGAUGGACAUAUGCCUUCUUUGGACAAGAUUUUCUUAUGAAAUAGUAUUGACGUUGGAUUGGACCAGUAGGCUGGUCAGUGGUAGCCAGUCUUGGAACUUGGAAGUGUAGACAAGAUGGCGAGUGGAGACAGCUUUUUUAUACUAGCGCAGUUUUAAUCAAGACAAUGGCAUAGGUGACAAACCUUUAAUAUUUUUCUACUCCAAGAGCACCAUGAUGUAGAAUAACAUAUCCAUUAUAGUCUCAAA